CCACUUUCACACAUUGGGUUUGCAACACGAAGCAGAAACAAGAAACCCACCCAAAUUUGGCAAAACUCUCCACCAUCAAUUCUCUUUCUCUUUCUCUUUCUUUUCCAACGGGGACUUGAACACUUCAUAAAUUCUUAUCUUGCUACUUUUUUUUACAGUUAUUAACGACCCAGUUUUGAGAAAUGGAAGUACAUUCUCAAGUUGCAGCCAAGAGACUGUGGAACGUGUUGAGGAUCACCUUCUUCAUGAUCAGGAAGGGAUUAAUAUCAAAGAGAAAGAUGAAUAUGCACAUGAAUUUGAUGAUGAAGAAAGGGAAACUCCUCAGAAAAUCUCUAAGCAAUCUCAUGCCAUCACAUCAUCAACAACAACAACAACACCAUUCAUCUUAUUAUGAAUUCUCUUGCAGCAACAGUCCAAACCCUGUUUUCUUCCACAUGCCAAAGCGAAAGCACCACCGUUUCAACUUCCCCUGCAUCCAAGCCCCUGAGGAAUUUGAAGAGGGAUCUCAAUUGUAUUUGUCACCGCUUAAAGUUGAAAAUGAUGAUGUGCCUAAGGAUGUGGCCGUGGUUCCUCCCAAGACCCCAGAAUACACGUUCAACUUCCGGUUCGACGCGACCGAGUUUGCUCCUGGGGAGAGAAAGAGUAUAACUCUCUCACCGUUCUCAGUGAGGGUUUCCAAUUACUCUGCAUUGGAAGAGAAUGAAGAGGUUGGAAGUGGUCUAGUUGAUGAUCAGGCUGAGGAUUUCAUCAGAAGGUUCUAUGAACAGCUAAAGACGCAGAGCCGCGGGCAAUUAGCAGGGUUUUAAAUUGUGGUUACGGUUGCCCUUCCGUUAUGGAAUUGCAGACAAGUGCGGAUAGAUGAGAAUUGCACUUCCAUACCGUUGCGGGAACUCCAAAAUCUUUACUCUACAAUUGCUGUUGUUGACCGCAAUUUAAAAGUCUGGCAAUUACUGCACCACCUAAUAGAUGUAAAGACAAAGCAUUUAAUGCUGAUGAACUAGUUCUUGCAGGGCGUUUAUUAGAACUUUUGCACUCUAAAAUUUUCCCAUUUUUGUUGUCUGUAUAAAUUGGAUUUUGCUGGCUAUGAUCCAUCCAUUAUCGUUUUUUAAUAUCAUUGAGUGUUUAUCCACCUUUAAUUUUGUUGUUAGUUUUUUGGUCUUAACCGGUGUAAUUCUUAAUUGAUAGUCAUGAAAUUAAUUUCUUGUGUCACACGAUUAAUG